AUUUAUAGGCUGGGUAAGAUCACGUCUCCGUCUCUUUCCAUAGCCCUCAUUCCAGCACAGGAUCUCAGCAAUUUCCCCCUCUUCCCCCAACCCCCACUCCAGCGCUCAGAGUCCUUUCUUUUCUCUCAUUUACAACUUUUUUUUUUAAAGGAGAACAUUUUCUAGGGAAAAGGGCUUUGCUAAACAGAAAGGAUAUAAAACAAAAGCCCCAGCAACCCGACUUCCAGCAUGGCAUUGUCACCAACCCCCUGUGCAUGGUGAUGCGAUUAAGGUAGCAGCAUUUUUAUUAUUCAGGAAAAGCAGCUGGGGGAUUCAUCAGUUCUGAGGCUUUGUCUUUCCUGGGUUAACUGAUGGUCCCGAGUCUCGGUUUGACCUGACCAUGAUGCCCAAGACUGGCACUUUUUGCUUUUUCCCAGCAAACUGUACAAACCCAAAUCUCUUUUUGAUUUUCAAGGAAACUAGAUUCCUGCCAGAUUUUGAAUCUGGACAAUAAAUAGAUACUUUGUCCUAGCGUCUUUCUGGAAUCAUUUCGGGAUAUUUUCCACAAGCAUCACGGAAACAGGAAUGAACCGGCAGCUAGUGAACAUUUUGACAGCCUUGUUUGCAUUUUUCUUAGAGACAAACCACUUCAGGACGGCUUUCUGCAAAGACCAUGACUCCAGGUCUGGAAAACAGCCUUCGCAGACCCCGUCUCCUUCAGAUUUCUUGGACAAAUUAAUGGGAAGGACAUCAGGAUAUGAUGCAAGAAUCAGGCCAAAUUUUAAAGGUCCUCCAGUAAACGUUACUUGCAAUAUUUUUAUCAACAGUUUUGGAUCAGUCACAGAAACCACCAUGGAUUACCGAGUGAACAUUUUUCUGAGGCAACAGUGGAAUGAUUCACGGCUGGCAUACAGUGAGUACCCAGAUGAUUCCCUGGACUUGGAUCCAUCUAUGCUAGACUCCAUUUGGAAACCAGAUUUGUUCUUUGCCAAUGAGAAGGGUGCCAACUUCCACGAUGUCACCACUGACAACAAAUUGCUGCGGAUUUCAAAAAAUGGCAAAGUGCUCUACAGUAUCAGGCUCACCUUGACCUUAUCCUGCCCCAUGGACUUGAAGAACUUUCCAAUGGAUGUCCAGACCUGUACAAUGCAGCUGGAGAGUUUUGGGUACACGAUGAAUGACCUGAUAUUUGAGUGGUUAAGUGAUGGCCCGGUGCAAGUUGCUGAAGGAUUGACCCUGCCUCAGUUUAUUUUAAAAGAAGAGAAGGAACUUGGCUACUGUACAAAGCACUACAACACAGGAAAGUUUACCUGCAUUGAGGUCAAGUUUCACCUGGAACGUCAAAUGGGAUAUUAUUUGAUCCAGAUGUACAUCCCCAGCCUGCUGAUAGUCAUUUUGUCCUGGGUCUCCUUUUGGAUAAACAUGGAUGCAGCCCCUGCCAGGGUUGCACUGGGCAUCACUACAGUCUUAACGAUGACUACCCAGAGUUCAGGUUCCAGGGCAUCUCUGCCAAAGGUGUCCUACGUGAAAGCGAUUGACAUCUGGAUGGCGGUGUGCCUUCUGUUUGUGUUUGCUGCCUUACUGGAAUACGCAGCAGUGAACUUUGUCUCCAGGCAACACAAGGAGUUCCUGCGCCUCCGGAGAAGACAGAAGAGGCAGAAUAAGGAAGAAGAUGCUACUCGUGAAAGUCGUUUUAAUUUCAGUGGCUAUGGGAUGGGUCACUGCCUCCAAGUGAAAGAUGGAACAGCUGUCAAGACCACACCUGCCAACCCGCUCCCACAACCCCCAAAAGAUGCAGAUGCCAUCAAGAAGAAGUUUGUGGACCGGGCAAAAAGGAUUGACACAAUAUCUCGAGCUGCCUUCCCAUUGGCCUUCCUCAUUUUCAACAUCUUUUACUGGAUCACAUACAAGAUCAUUCGGCAUGAAGAUGUCCACAAGAAAUAG